CCUGCCUCCGGCACAAGGCCGGCAUCGAUGUGAUUACGUGGAGCGUGCAGAGAUUUUUCUUUCGGGUUCGACAGCUAGGUUAGACUAACAUCGCAUGGAUGGUGGAGGUCUGCCGAUUACCGACGGAUGUUGAUGGUUCAAUCUCGAUUAUGUACACCGGUUGCUUCAAGGCUUCAAGAAUCGGAGGCCUUGAAGCUGAUGGCGAGUGUUUAAGCGACUCAGCGGUUUGAUGGACGGCAAUCGAAACUGGCCUUUGAUCGCCUCCCUGGGCUCCGAAGGAUGGCUGUUCUUGACUACUGAAGUCUGUCUUACGACCAUCCUGAUUCCUAUUAGGCUUCGAACUUACAACCCUGAAGAUGUCCUUGUCCGCAAUGAGUGGUACGGCCCAUGCCCACCGAUGUCAGUCUCCAAGCGGUCCCCUGGGCCACAUUGUAUAAUAUAACCCUCAGCCUCGUUGCCGAAGACGCCUUUUUAAAAUGGUACUCGGUCAGAGGCGGCCUGCGUGGAUGGCACUGGCUUCUGGGCUGGAAAACGUCUCUCAUAAAAAAGAAUAUAAUUACUUCCAUCGCCCGGCAAUACCCAUACACAGCUACCAAUACAUCCAUACAAUUCUUUUCUCCCUGUUACUCCACUUAAUUCCUAUACAGCACAAUUGGAAUAUUUUGCUUGGUUACAUAACAUCAUUGAAGCAAAUAAACUCGCAUAUUUUCACUCUUUUCGUCGUCAAACACCCUCAAACACCUCAUACCAGUCCCCACCAGCAGAUAUUGUUACCCUGCAUCUCUUUUGUUGCAUCUGAGUCCAAAGUUUUUUUCCAACCUUUUUGCUUGCCUUUUCUUUUGCAGUUUCCAGAUUUUAAAUCUCCAAAAUGGCCCCUUCACUACUCCGGACGUUGGUUGUCAUUUCUCUGACCACGUCACCUUUCCUCUCGAAUGCCCAAACUGGCGGGGCCACAGCUUCUGGUGGAGAUCCGACACUCUCGCUCACUCCACUACCGCUUAGUAAAACUUAUCCUGCCGGAACCCAGUCACCGAUCCCAGGGGCACCCCCGCUUCCCGCUGUCUCAAUAGACCUCAGUCAAUACCCGCCACUCGACAAGCUUGCUCCAACGGAUUCGGAUGUUGUGAAAGCAUGGCUCGCAAAAAUAGAUAUGACCAAAGUGCCUGCUAUAAAGCCUAACGGAUUAAACCUCUGCGCUAAUACGACCGUCAACGCUGAUGCCAUUGCCAAGGCGGGGCCAGAUGGUAAUUGUUGGUGGUCAUGUGCGGGAUGCACUCGAUCUACCGACAUCACAACCUGUCCAUCCAAGGGCACUCUCGGGGCUUCUUUUGACGACGGACCCUCGGAAUUUACACCCAACGUGCUUCAGUAUUUAGACGAAAAUAAACUAAAGGCCACCUUUUUCAUUGUUGGAUCUCGCGCUGUAAGCUCACCGGAUAUCCUUCGGGCUGAGUACAUGGCCGGCCAUCAGUUAUGCCUCCACACCUGGUCGCAUCCCUCUCUGACCACCAUAACUAACGAACAAAUAGUCGCUGAAUUUGCUUGGAGCAUGAAGGCCUUCAAGGACAUCCUUGGAAUUCAGCCCACUUGUGCAAGGCCUCCUUAUUCGGACGUCGAUGAUCGAGUUAGAUAUAUCUUGAAUGCCAUGGGACUGAAGACUAUCUUGUGGACGCGAACUAGUACCACUAACUUUGACACUAACGAUUGGAGAGUGGUUGCUGGUAGCGCAACUGCUGCAUCAUCUGUUCAAACUUUCCAAGGAUUCUUGACCACUCAAAGCACUCUGCAAACCGGUUUCAUAGUUCUCGCACACGAUUUGUUUAGCCAGACGGUCGCCCUGUCACUAAAGUAUUUCUUGCCUGCAGCGCUCAAGACCCCAGGCAUGAAGGUCCAAUCAAUAUCUGACUGUCUUGGGCAACCGGCCUCAGCAUCGUACUUCGAAACCGCAGGAGCCAGUGGAGCCGGUGGAGCCACAACGCCCGCAGGAAACUCGAGCAUAGGAACAAACGGCGCCGCAAAAGCGGGAUCAAACAGUUCAGGAAGUGCAACCAAUCAACCUGGUAGUCCGCCAAAGACGCCGAAAGAUUCGGGAGCCAGUCGAACAAAGAUUUCACUUUGUCAAUCCGCACUGUUACUCACCAUUGUCUUGAUUUUGGUCUGAAAGCUGGAGUGAAAUCCGGAUUAUUCGCGUCUUCUUUUAUGCUAUCACGACUUAAUAUAUACCUUACAGGCAUACUCUUAGGCAAAUGCUUCGAUGUGAUUCUUGAAACAUUUCCUUUUCAUUCUUUUUAAAUGACAAUCUUUGGUUUCUCUGGCUUCAGUGGUCGAAUUUCAUGCAAUCGUGACUCGCUUCGUGUCCAAGUCAAUCGCACCUCUUGAGUUUCAGCUCGACUGAUCAAGUUACUCUUUCUAUUUGAUUUUUGUGUCGCAUCUCUUUUUUUCUCAAUAGCUAAGAUAGUCUCUUUCCACUACCUCAUCUGCCUUUUCGGAAUUUCUUGAAGACGCUUUUUUGUAUAUUUUGUUUCAAAGCAAGUAACCUACAAGUCUUGUGAAUUUCGAAGCCCCAAAAUAGAUAAUCGGAUCCCAUAUUCUUGCA